AUGAAGGCCACUGUCCUGCUCCUCUCUCUCAUCGCGCUCGUCGCCGCCCAGGACUUUUCCUCGAUCCCUGCCUGCGCCCUCGGCUGCAUCUACAAGGCCGUCCCCGACACGGGCUGCUCCAUCGCCGACGUCGACUGCCUCUGCCGCAAGGAGAAGCAGGCCCAGAUUCAGGCCCUCGCCGGUGACUGCCUCGUCAAGCAGUGCAGCGCCGACGACCUCACAAAGGCGGAGAACCUGACAAAGGACAUUUGCAAGAAGCUGACCUCGACUGCCCCAGCCACCGUCACCGUCACGGCCGGUGAUUCCUCGUCGUCCUCGGGAAGCAGCAGCAGCGCCAGCGUGACGGACUCCCACUCUCCGGCCACCACCACACAUUCGUCCUCGUCGUCCGCGUCGGCUGUCAGUGGCACGUCGUCGGCCUGGACCAACGCGACGAACUUGACCACGGCCACCACCAAGACGGCCGACGAGACGACGCCGACUGUCACCACCACGACUACCCACAGCUCGUCCAAGUCUCCCAACGCUGCUGCUGGUACCGCCGCCGGUGCUCUUGUCGCCGUGGUUGCUCUUGCUUUUGCUCUGUAA